CUGCGGCCAGAAGGGCUAGUCCGGGCCUGGGACAUAUAUCGCGUAAAGUAAAUAACCCCCACGAUUAGACCGGGGCCGGGAGUUGAUCUUCGUGGCGAGAGAUCUGCUUAGUUAGCGUUUGCCGUUUCGGGGCGAUUGAAGGCCAUCGCACCAAGGACACGCGCGCACCCGCACACCCGCACCCACACCACCACCACCCCCCCGCACAGACACACACACCCACCCGCGCACGCACACACACACACACACACACACACACACCCGCUCACUCUUACACACGCUGGAUACAAAAGUCUGGAGGAUCUAGGGGAGUAUCGCAGCCGCCGGAUCGGUGCAGCAGCGGCGGCCAGAGCCAUGCGUGUCACGGCCUCCUGAGGGGGGGGGAAAAAAAAGGAAGGAAGGAGGGGAAAACCGAAAAAAAAAAAAAAAAAAAAAAAAAAGAGAGAGAGAGAAAGAAGGGGAAAAAAAAAGAGCGAGGAGAGAAGGCGCAAGAAAGACGCGGGGUGGUGGAAAGUGUUUGCCUGCUUUUGUCUCGCAAUACAGUGAACUGGAAGAUGGAGAUGGAUGUUAAGGGAGUUUCUCCGUGCCCGGAGCCCAUCCCCCCGGCGGCGGGGUCUGGCGGCUGCCCGCACCAGCGCCCGCACCACCGCGAUGGGCAGCCCGCCGAGCCGGCCCCCGCCGCCGACAGCGGCCACCCGGACCGGAGGCACGGCGCCGAGAAAGAGGACAAAAAGAGAACUACAGCCAGCAAGACUUCUGGUGCUCCUUCCUACAGCAGAUGGUCAAGUUCACAGCCCCAUCAGUCCAGCUCCACAGUGAGAACAUACCAAAACAGUAAAUCGAGAGUGACCAUGAGCCCUGGCUUUAGCUCCCAGUGGAAUAGCAGCCAACCUGCUUGGAAUACAUACACCUUUCCAAGAGCAAGCUUGCACUACCAGUCUCAUGCUAGCUACACCUACUGUGCUGGACAUCCUGCUCAGUCCUAUGCACCAGCUCCCCACCCCAUGGCUCCUCCCAGCCCCAGCACAAACAGCAGCAACAACAGCAGCAACAACAGCAGUGGAGAGCAGUUGAGUAAAACCAACCUGUAUAUUCGAGGCCUUCCACCCGGCACCACUGACCAGGACCUUAUCAAGCUGUGCCAGCCGUAUGGGAAAAUUGUAUCCACAAAGGCAAUUCUUGACAAAAACACAAAUCAGUGCAAAGGUUACGGUUUUGUAGAUUUUGACAGUCCGGCAGCAGCACAGAAAGCAGUAGCAUCUCUCAAAGCAAAUGGCGUGCAGGCGCAGAUGGCAAAGCAACAAGAGCAAGAUCCCACAAAUCUAUACAUCUCAAAUUUACCCGUUUCCAUGGAUGAGCAGGAACUGGAGAAUAUGCUGAAACCCUUUGGACAUGUCAUUUCCACCAGAAUAUUAAGAGAUGCUAAUGGAGUCAGCAGAGGAGUCGGCUUUGCCAGAAUGGAGUCUACAGAAAAAUGUGAAGUAGUAAUUCAACAUUUUAAUGGCAAAUAUCUGAAAACCCCACCCGGACUACCAGCCCCCACUGAGCCUUUGCUGUGCAAAUUUGCUGAUGGAGGGCAAAAGAAGCGCCAGAAUCAAAGCAAAUACACACAGAAUGGAAGGCCGUGGCCCAGAGAAGGAGAGGCUGGCAUGGCUUUGACUUACGAUCCAACAGCUGCUAUACAGAAUGGAUUUUAUUCCUCACCGUACAGUAUUCCAACAAACCGCAUGAUUCCACAGACAUCAAUCACGCCAUUCAUUGCUGCUUCCCCUGUCUCUACAUAUCAGGUCCAGAGUACUUCAUGGAUGCCUCAUCCACCAUAUGUUAUGCAACCAACAGGUGCUGUGAUAACACCAACAAUGGACCACACUAUGUCAAUGCAGCCAGCGAGCAUGAUGGGCCCUCUGACCCAACAGAUGAACCACCUUUCCUUGGGCACAACAGGAACGUACAUGACUGCUGCUGCACCUAUGCAAGGGACCUACAUUCCCCAGUACACUCCUGUGCCUCCAACAGCUGUCCCUAUUGAAGGUGUUGUUGCUGAUACUUCUCCACAGACAGUAGCAUCUUCAUCACAGGAAGCCAGUGGUCAACAGCAACAGAUGACAGUGGAAACAUCCAGUGAACAUGCGCCUGCAUAUUCUUACCAACAGUCUAAGCAACGAAGGAGAGGCAAUGUACUCAGAAUGAACUGGGUGGUAUAAGGACUCUGUACUCUCUUUACAAUAAACAGGACUGAAGAAUGUCGGUCUGAAACCUUUGCCUUGAAUGGAGAAACUUCGCUGAACAAGAAGUUGGCUUCCAGUUUGCACAGGCGUCAAAUGAAUGCUUUUUUUUUUCUACCUUUCCCAACAAAAACAAAACAGUGUUUUUAUGUGCUGUGCAAAUGGUUCCGUCAUGUAGUCUGACAAUUUUAUUUUUGCUAUAAUUUUUUUUUUUUUAACUAAGGAAAAAACCCAGAGGAAAAACGCUGGGUUAACAUUUCAUCUGGACGAACAUUUGAAUUCAGAAUUUACCUGGAGGUGUAGCUAGAUUUUUUUUUUUAACAGAAAAACUGAUGAUGUCAAGAGGGAGCAAGUUGAAAUGAAAACCAAUUGUCUUCCUCAAAAAUUAAGCUACUCUUUUUCUCUCAUUUUAUUUUUCUCUUGUUUUAAAUCUAGAGUGUUUUUUGGUUUUUCGGUUUUUGUUUUUUUUAAAGAAAUGUUUAGGUAAGGUUUAUCUUGAAUCUUAAUUGCCUUAAUUUUAAGGACGUCAAAGGCUCUCAAGGCAAGCUGUCAACGUCUUGUUAGAAAACCCGAGAAUGAAUCGAAACUGCUCACACCGGUGCUGGUGCAGAAGUUUAAUAGACUGAGUUUUUGGGGUGAACAAAAAAUAAACUGUACAGUUUAAAAGAAAAUGAUUUUCUUCUUUUGAAGAAAAGUUGAUGAUAAUGGAACUGUGGCAACUGAAAGGAUUGGAAAAAUGCUGGGACUUUUAUGAACUUUGUCUUAAGUGUUGACAGAAAAAAUUCUAGAAGGCUAAAGCAUUUUACAGUAAAGUUAUUGAAUUGAGAAAAAAACUUGCUGCAUUAUAGAGAAUGCAGGGUUUUUUUCUUGCAGAAUGCAGAUUUUUUUAUUUACAAAGCGUGAUCGCUAGCAAAAGCAUUAGUGCUUUUUAUCUGCAGUCUUUUUUAUGAGCUUUAAGAAGUUUUUAGUCUGCUUUGCUUGUCACAUUGCAAAAACCUAGCUUAAGAGCAUUAAAAAAACUUAAGUAGAUAGGAGCUUAUGGUCAAAAAAGUGCAAAAAAAGCAAUAGAUAGAAGAAAUUGUUGACAAUUUCUGUAGUCUUUCCUAGUUGUGAACAAAUGCAGCCUAUGGAUGGCCUAUUUUAUACCAAAGAUGAAGUGACACCCUAACGCAGUCCAGAAGAUAGAGGUUUUUUUCUUUUUUUAUCUUUAUUUGACCUACAUGGCCGGACCAGUUCUUACUUUCUUGUUUGUUUAAACUAUCUUCCACUGGUGUUUUACAUACUGCAUAUGUUAGUAGUGGAAAUUUCAGAGUAGUUGGUAUUAGAAGCUUGUUGAUGGUGUGCUUUGGAGAACAUCCCAAAGCAAGGGGGAGUGGGUUACCAACUAAUCUGUCCAGGUGGGCUUUAAUUUUGAUGAGUUUUUCUGUUCAAUUGCCUGAUCUUUGGUAUUUCUACUGAAACAACAGUCUUCCUUCUGAAUUCCAACAUACCGCAGAUUCAUUUCUUCACCUCAGUCUUUGUCAUCGUCCAGCAUGCAUAGCCACCUUAAUUCUGUGUUUGUUUUUCGGUGAUGCAUUUGAAUUGCCAGUUAGAUGCAAGAGAAAGCAAACUUGAUCUUUGUUCUCAUUUUAGCUCUCCCAUACAAGCAGAAACAUUGAAAAUGACUUAGUAUUGUCAUGCAGGCAGGAAGUUAAAAUUUACUCUUCUCUGCUAUGAUUUCUGUUGUCUUAAUAUGUUGGCUGACAAUCACUAAUUAGUAUAAUUAGGCAAAAAAAAGACACUGACUAAAUUGAAUCCACUGAAACCUGUUUUAGGAAUGGCACUGAUUUUUCAUAGAGAAAUCUUGAUUAUGGCCCUUACUUUUUUCCAGACAAACAAACAAAAAAGGUGAGAAGCAAGACAAAAGAUGAUUUUUUUUCCUUAAGGAGGCAGAAGAGAAGCAGCAUUUAAAUAUAUACAUACAUACACAUAUAUCUAUAUGUAAAAAUUAAACCAAACAUUUUUAAACUUUCCUCCAUCCAGAAGAGAGGGGAAGCUUCAUCACAUUUAUUGUGGUGCAUUAGAGACAGGGUAUCCAUUAAAAAUAAUGAAAUUAAAACAUAUAUAUUGGAUCAAUCUGAUUCAGCUGCCCAAUUCUAAAAAGAGAUCUGUGUUUCCCUAACCUGACUUUUUGGGGAAAAGAAGACAAUUAUUUUUUUAAAUUGAUAAAACAAGAUCGUAUUUUUUAACAUGGGGGGGGGCAGGGAGGGGGGAAAGGGGGUUUCCCAAGUAAAUGGCUGCUAGAUAUGCAACAUAGAAAAGAGAGAAAUGGGAGUUCAUGUGGUUCUUCACCGUAGGAAAAGGGCCUGAUUUUCAGAAGUGGUAAAACUUCUGCUUUCUCCAGAGUAGUUGUUGAUAUUCAACACUUCUGAAAACCAGAUGAUGCCAAAGUAAAAGAACAACAACACCCACAACAUGUUUUCAAUUCAGAAAAAAAAAAUCUCUUUCUGUUUCACAUGCUGUCUCAUUACUUGUUGCUUUUUGAGAGUGGCAUUUGAAUUUUGUCCUUAGAUAAAGGUUCCCUCUUUCUUUGGAGGGUGUAUGAGGGAAAAAAAUCAAUCUAGCCUUAUUUUCUUCCUUUCUACACGUACUCUCUUUCUGUCUCUCUCUGAAUUCUUUAUACAAAUAGAGAUAACCCCAGGCACAAGUCAGUUAAAUAUGAAAUAAACACAUUUGUUUCUGUGUUAGUUCUAACGUGACACACAAAAAGUCUCAUUUACUAUCAACAAUGAGGCUACAAGGUAGCUACCAUGUGGCUGAUGAAUAUGCUGAGGUACCUUCUUGUUUCUAUUCAGAACUCUGCUGCUUUAUUUAUACAUUCAGAAACAUUUUUCUUAUUUUUUCAGCAAACAAAGUUAAACAAUCUCAGUGUUUUUUAUUAAGCCAGACAGGCAACACGGUAUCACGAUGCCUGUCACUUUAAAGAGUUUCAAGUGCAUUCUGUAUUAGAGUUGUUCCUUUUUUUUUUUCCACACUAUAGUGUUUAGUACUGUUUGAAAUCAAAAGAAACAAAGCAAAGAAGUAGAGGGAGAAGAAGAGGAAAGAAAAUGGAUCCCUUAAAUAAAAUUGGUCAUCUUACUGAUCCCCAAAAGAACCAGUGAACUGGUACUUGAAAGUCUAUGAGUUAUAAACAAUGUGAGCCUUCAGUAUUAAACAGUCAUAGGUCAUAAGGUAAGAAAAAAACUUAUUUGGAACAUACAAAAUGCUCAGAAAGUGGUAACUUAUUUGUAAAAGUUAAAGAUGAGAUAAAAGAGAACAGUGGAAGAGCAACACACUUCUUGCAUGGGUGUUGCCAUAGGACAGGAACACUUGGUGGCCUCUGAAAUCUAAAACUGGUUUUCUUUAUGUUCUGGCUAAUAAGAUUUUUUGGAAGGUUUGUUAUUAGUAUCUGAGUUUCUGUUUUCUUUUUUUUCCUUUUUUUUUUUUUUUUUUUUUUUGAAGACCUGAACUUGUAAAGUCAAUAUCUAUGUCUGUCUUAUCAAUUUAGCUUUAAAUGUCAGGAGGGUUCCUGAAAGGUUGCAGAAACAACUCUAGAAGUCUAAGGCAAUGGUGCCUGGCCCAGAGGUCUAGAAGUAACAUCAAAUCCAUAAGCUGAACUGCGUAUGUACUUUCCAUCACACCUGAAUUCUUGUAAAUAGUCAAAUUUGGAUGUUCAGGUUUGGUAUUUUUGUUUUUACCUUAAAGGCUAAAUACAGAAGGGGUGUCAGAAAAAUAUGAAUUAUGGCUAGAAAAUGCUGAAUACCUGGGCUCGUCGCUUAACAUUGAGAAAAAAAGAAUGGUUACAGUGGAACUGAAGAGAGUAUUAUAUUUGCAGGUGCUGUCCCAAGCAUAGAUCAGGGAACUGAAAAGGCUCACUGUUCCCAGUGGGAUUGCUGAGGGACUUUUCCUAUCUGGCUCUACUGCUGGUUUUGUAAGCACUUUUCACCUGUGACAGUCAGGCCUCAAAUUGUGAAUGUCCUCUUAUUGCCUUCCAGCGAAACAGACUCUUGAAAUGUCCUUAGCUUGUGCUUACUUCUAUAGUUCUGUUUACCAAGAGACUGCCUUGGUUGUGUUGGUCAAGAAAUCCACCAUAAUGCAGAAUGAGGCAUAUUUGAGAGCAAUUGCAUCACAUUGUAUCAUCUUCUGCUAUGGAUGCAUGCCCAAUUGUGGAAGAUAAAGGCUGGCGAUUAGAGAAGUGAGGGCUUAAACUUUCAAUGGGCAAUGGGCUGAAGCAUUCGAAUGGAUUUUUACUCAAGUAAAAAUCAAACGAAGGGUAUUAUUUAUGUAUGUGUGUGUACCAAAACUCAGCAAAUUUGAGGAAGCCUGCAUUGUAAUAAAGUUUAUUUUUAAUAUGUCAUAGUAUUUGGAUCUAUAUUAUGUUGUUUAUGGUACUGAAGGAUGAGAUUGAUACUAAGUGUUUAACAAAUUGCCGUGCUUCAUGAUUUUAAGCUUGAUGGUUCUCCUCAUGCCACUUCAUUUUAAUGCUGAGGUUGACAUGAGCAAAACAGGUUUAGGCAGACUUGCUGAACUCCACCUAUAGCAAGAGUCAUGCUAAAGAGUGAUAAUGUGCUUAAAGUAAUGAACCAAUCCAUUUUUAGUGAUAAGACCAAAUGUGGUAGUUGAAGAUAGUAAUGUUUGAUACACACAUGGUCAACAUUUCCUUUCAAAACUUUAUUUAACAUGAAAUUGGUCCAGAUAUAAAAGAAGUGCCCUAGGGCAAGGGAUUUUCCUGGUCUUUCUCAGUAGCCCGCGUGAACUAAGAAAACAGUCAUGGUGUGAUGGAAAUGCAAAACAGAAAACAACAAAAACGCUGACGUUUGGUGUGUUAGUCUUUUCUGUUUAAUGACAAUUGACUCUAGUGACAAUGAUUCCUUUCAUUUCUAAUACGCAUACACACAAUCAUGCAUGCACACUUUCUCAGAAGGAGGGCUGAGUGAGCAGCAGACUUCUCCUCUCCCUCAGUGGAGCAGAUUUCUAGAAUCUCAGCAAGCAGCAAAGAUGCAGUGUAAGGAGAGUUAUUUUCCCCCCCAACAGAACACCAAUUUUUUCUGUAAUGCUCCUGUCACCCAAAUAGGCUAAAGUGCUGUAUGUACCCCAGAGUCUUAUUCACCUUUGUGCCUCAAAGCAGGCAGAAGAGACCCUUUCUCCUCCCCUUUAUUAACAUGCUCUUUGUUAAAAUUAAACAGAAAUUUAUGAGAAAAAAAAGCUGUAAAAAAAAUAAAUCCCACUGUUGGUUUAGCUUUCCAUGAUGAGAAAAAUUCUUGUGUUCAUUUCAGUUGUUCAGUUCAGUUGUUAAUUCCCCAACAGUGACAGCUGAGUUCUUUCACCUUAAUAAAAAUGUGUAAUGAUGUGAAAAAUGUCAGUCUUUGACAAGUUCACAAAUCCAUUUUUCCUUGUAGGGCUGCAGCCUGCAAGGUGUAAGCACCUUCCAAGAUCUAGAUCUGUUGUCCUUAAGAGAAUACCUGCCCAACAUUAAUUUUCUGCCUUUAAGUGUCUUUCUCCUGGAUAGUAAUUUUAUGAAUUUGGCAAAAUUUACAGUCAGUUAUAUUUUUAAAAGCCCAAAAAUACAGCCUAGAGAAGAGAACAUGAUGUGAUGUUUAUGUAACUAAAUAUUAUUAAAUAUCCUGUAUUCCAGAGUGGAAGAAAAUUCUACUAUCUUUUGGAGGCAAAACAAUUUUAUGUAAAACCAGGAAGCAUACAGAAUUCGUACAGGAAUUUUUAAUUUUUUUCCUUUUUAAAGGAGAAUUAACAGAUUCUGUCUAAGAAAAAUCAAAGCAGCUUUGAAAGCAGAUGAACUUCUUAUCAAGAAAGCAUGCAUCACACAAAUGGGACAGAGGUUCUUUAAAGCCCUUACAGACCUCACUGUAGCCAAAACAGAAUACAGAACCUCUGUGAUACAUUAAAUUAUGAAUAUUAUUUAUAUGGGCAUCUGUGUGCUGAUGUCUCAGAAUGUCUUUGAAAGAUCUGUACUGCUAUGAUUUUUUUUUUUAAUGUUUUCCAUUUGUACCACAAUCCUAAUAGCUGCCAUUUUCCCACUCCUGGGGCUUUCUGUAGAUCAGUGGAUGUUAGGUUUAAACUUCUGUUUUCUUUGAUGAAGCUUUCAAUAAAAAAAUAAAGAAAGAAAA